AUGGACAUCGCCCCAACGUUUAGACCAGACGCUUGGCCCAACGACGGCAGACAGACAAAUUGUCGCUUCACCUCUCACAGCUUGUGUCAAACUGAUACUACCCGCUGUCACCUUGCUCACAAUGCACAGUUGGGUUGCUCAUGUGUUUGCGCCAUUGACAUCUCGUACACAGCUCCAGAUCCCUUGCAUGUUGCAUUACCAAGUAUGGCGGAGUGUUCCGUAAGUGGGACUCGGGAAAUCUGA